CACCGGCCGCUAGGCGGAGACGGGCUGAGCAGGCGCGAGGCGAGGGGCUCCUCCGGCCCGUGGCCCGCCGAGGACCGGGCCUCCCAAGCGGAGAGUCGCCGCGAUCAGACGGCGCGGUACCGGGACCGGAAUCAAGACGGAGGCGACUCAGACGCCUGGCGGCGCCGUUAGACCAGCUAGGGAGGCCUUUCAGCUGGGACGCGGGGUGGGGGUGGGGCGAGGGAGGCGAGCCGGAAACAGAGAACUACAACUCCCAGGAGGCUUAGCGGCCGGGGGGCCUUGGAAUCAGAUGGGGCGUGUCGUUUUGCGAGCCGCUUUAACCUAGAGGUUUGCAAGGUUGGAAGUUCCGCACCGGGAGCCGGGGAGAAAUGGAGCUGGAGCAGAGAGAGGGGACCAUGGCAGCUGUGGGCUUUGAGGAGUUCUCAGCACCUCCCGGCUCGGAGCUGGCGCUGCCGCCGCUGUUCGGUGGUCACAUCCUGGAGAGCGAGCUUGAGACCGAAGUGGAGUUCGUGUCUGGGGGUCUGGGCAGCUCCAGCCUCCGGGAGCGAGACGAAGAGGAGGAGGCAGCCCGGGGCCGGCGGCGGCGCCAACGGGAACUCAACCGCCGGAAGUACCAGGCGCUGGGUCGGCGCUGCAGGGAGAUCGAGCAGGUGAAUGAGCGGGUCCUGAACAGGCUCCAUCAGGUACAGAGGAUAACACGGAGACUCCAGCAGGAGCGGAGGUUCCUCAUGAGGGUGCUGGACUCCUACGGCGAUGACUACCGGGCCAGCCAGUUCACCAUCUUACUGGAGGACGAGGGCAGCCAGGGCACAGACGCCCCCACCCCAGGCAACGCUGAGAACGAGCCUCCGGAGAAAGAGGGGCUGUCCCCGCCCAGGAGGACACCAGCGCCCGCAGAAGCCAGCAGCCCGGCCCCCGGCGAGGGGCCCAGCGGGCGGAAGAGGCGGCGAGCGCCCCGGGAAGGGCGCCGAGCGGGGGUCCCGCUGACUCCUGAGCUGCCCCCCGUGCAGAUAAAGGUGGAGGAAGACUUUGGCUUCGAAGCGGACGAGGCCCUGGACUCAAGUUGGGUUUCUCGGGGGCCAGACAAGCUGCUGCCCUACCCCACCCUAGCCAGCCCCCCCUUUGACUGACCCCCCAAUAAACGGACCCCAUGCUC